GUGGUCAGGAAGGGUCUGAAUUCAGGCGCUCAGUCAGUCCAAGCAGCAGCUGUAGGAACCGGCGGGCAAUAGGACCGAGGGUGCAUCCUGCGGGAUUGCUGGUACUGCGAUUCGUUCAGAGAGAAGCGGCACACGGAGCGGAAAGUUUGUCGGCGGAGACGCAGCAACGACACGGCCGGGUGACAUGACGCCCUGAAGCUAUUGAUGUUGGCAGCAGAGAGAUACAAAGCAAUGGAAGACUUGCAGGAGCUCCAGAGACCUUUGUUGGGUGAGCAGGGUAAAGGCAAACCCUUCAGUCAUGUCCUGCUCUGCCGAUCCCAGGAGAAACCCACACCUCCCUCAGAUAGAGCCCGGAACCACCUGACUCCGAGCAAGUCCCCGUCCACAAUGGACGCCUGCUCAUGUAAGGGUACCGUGGAUGCUCUCCGCAGGCCAAGCCUUGCGCUCCAACUGGAGCCCACGGUCCUCCUGAGUCUUAAAGGCUACAGUGAGACUACCUUCACCGAGUGCAGGAAUGAGGAAGCUCAGACUGGAAACCUUGCCUGGCCCCUGGACCUGGAGCUUGAGUCAAGGCUGGACAAGGUUCCAACCAUCUCGAUCGAUGUGGAGGACGUUCCAUUUCUGGAGUUGCAGGCUGACCAUUACAGCGAUGACGACAGCGAUACCGAUAGUGAAAGAACUUUCUCCCUCAGUAUUCCUCAGGAUCACUUGGGUCUCGCCCUCUUCUCCAUGCUCUGUUGCUUCUGGCCAGUGGGAAUUGCAGCAUUUUGCCUGUCGCAGAAGACCAGCAAAAUCAUGGACAGAGGGGAUUAUCACGAAGCCAGAUCUGCCUCCAAGCAAGCUUUCUGUAUGGCCGUCUGUUCCAUUGUCCUUGGUGUGUGUACAUAUGUUGCAGGUGUGGUGGUUCUUGCCCUCUACAUGUCAAGGAAUGCCCAUGAAUAGUGACAAUCUCCACAGGCACCGUCAUUGAAGGGAGAUCCGCAUCUUUCAUCAGUGUACAUUGAAGGGGGCAUCCCAGCGUAGAGGCUGCCGGCCAUCCUGACUGAAGCCGACUGGUAUUCCCGCUCAAGGAUGUCUGAUCUGAGGAGAAGUCUGGGUAUAAGUUACACAUGUGGAAUAUGUAGAUGUGCUCUGUAUCACUUUACAUACAACUGGUUCAUCUGGCAUAAAAUAGAGGCCCCAUGUGGAGCAGUGUAAAGGGUCUGGAAAUGGGGAUUGGAUUAACCUCCCCCAGCAUCCAUCCACCUGUCUUUUUUCUUCCUUGUUUCAGCUUUCUCAUGCCUCCCCCAACUGGCUUUAUCUACCCAUCACCUACAAGCCUUCUGCCUCUGCAUUUCCCUCUCCUCCCUCCCUGACUUGGGUCCAUCUACCCAUCCUCCUAAUCUGGUUCCAACAUCCUCUGUCUCACCUCUGUAUGAUGGCCAUCUUCACUCUACACUCUUGGCCCUAAUGAAGGGCCUUGACCAGAAAUAUUACCGUUCCUUUGGCUCCACUAACGUUGCUCGACUCGUUGAGUACCUCCCAGCAGUUUUUUUUUAGUUCAAUAUUCUAACAGUUACAGUUUCUUAAGCAACAAAAAAGGCAGCAUGCACGGAAAGGAACAAACAGUGGAAGUUUCGGGCUGAGGCCCUUCACUGGGAUUUCAUAAUCCUGAUGGAAGGGUCAUGGCCCGAAACAUCGACUUCGGUUCCUUUCCACGGAUGAUGCCUGACCUGCUGCGUUCCUCCAGCAUGUUGCAAUUGUUGCUCUGGAUUUCCAGCAACUGCAAGAUCUCUGGUGUUUGAUUAACUGCAGUCUCCCAAAAACGGCGUAUUUAAAGAAUAAUUACAUAAUGACUGAGAAACUUUUACCUAUGCAUUCAUUCUCCAUACACUCUCAAUAGAUAACAAGGGCAACACGCAUUGCCCAUCUCAACAGCCACAUCAAGGUCAUCUUCCAGAACUGCUGCAGCCCUGAAGGUACAACUGCAGCAUUUUGCUUGAGAUAGUUUGUAACGCACCUCAUGCUCUAUGUUUUAAACAACUUAACACUGAUAACGGAAGUAAAUACCAUCUUCACCGGUACAGUCAUGUAGCGUAUGAAAGCAACACAGGGCAACGAGGUCAAUUGGUUUCAGAAAACACUCUAGUGUGAUUGCAGUUAUGAUGUCAAAGCAAUAUUAUUUAAGUUCUUAAUGGAAGAGCAUUUAGUCUCAGUGGCCACUUUAUUAGGUAGGAGAGGUAGAUUCGGAGACUGUCCACCUAAACUGAGAGUGAGACUUGAUUGAUCUAAGCACCGGGCCGAUUUGGAAAGGCCACACGUGGGGUCCAGGCCCAGAUUUUAUUGAUGCGGUGGGGCUCAGGUGCCUAGUGCAGCAUACAACCUAAUGUUUGGACGAUUUAAAUGCCAGGCCCGAUGGACUGAACAGGAACAAAACGGUUCUGCUCACUGCCCCGAUGUUUUACUCCGCUCUGUGAUGAACUGAGGCUGUGGCUGGGGGCCUGUUCCGUGACUAAGAACUAACUAACUUUCAUACUAAAAUGCUAUUUGCUAACUUUUAUUGUUUGCACGAUUGUUCUCCCCCCGCCCCCCCCCGCACAUUGGGCGUUCAUUUUUUUUUAGGGGUUCUUGUUUUGUGGCUGCCUGUAAAGAGGCAACAAUGUAAACAUACUUUGAUAAUAAAUGUAGUUUGAAUGCUUCCUGUACUUAAUAAAUAUGUUCACAGAUAAGAGUGUAUGUUCACAGUCUUCUGCUGCAACUUCAAGGUUUGACGUGUUGUGUGUUCGGAAUUGCUCUUCCGUGUAUCACUGCUACAAUACCUGGUUAUUUGAAUUACUGUCACCUCCCUUUCAGCAUGAACCAGUCUGCCCAUUCCCCUCUAUCCUUUCUCAGUAACAAGGCAAAUUCACUCACAGAACCACAGCUUUUUUUUUGUUGUUUUCUGACUAUUCUCUGUAAACACUAAAGCAGGAGUUCUCAACCCUUUUUGCACCAUGGACUAAUACAAUUAACUGAGGAGUCCAUGGACCCCAGGUCCAGAGACUGUUCUACAAGAAAAUCCCAGGAGAUCAGUAGCUUCUGAGAUACUCAAACCACCCCAUCUGGCACCAACAAUCAUAAUCACUUCUCUUGAAGUGGUGCAACGAUGGGCUGAUUAGACAUUUGCAUUAACAAACAGGUGUAUCUAAUAAAGUAGCCACUGCGUGUGUAUCCCGAAGGGAGUCAUCCAUCCAUAGAACUUGGAGCUCAUUGGGAGCCAGCCACAACAGAAGGGCAUGUCUAAUCCUUCUCCUCUGGAGAAACUGUAUCCCACUAGCAGCAAACAGCUAUGGAAAAGUUGGUGUUAUUGUUAAGGGAAAAGAUCUUUUUUUCACCAUGGCUUCAAUUUUGUCAAUGACACACUGGUGGCAGGAAUGACUGAGGUACUAAAGAAGCUAG